AUGGCCCCAUCCCAUCAUCCACCUCCCAUCAGUCAGAUGUACACUCCUUCAACCCUCAAUGAUUAUCAAGGCGAUCAUACUGUACCGCUGAAUCUACCAAUCCCAUGUGAUAGUUCACGUUCAAUGCACACAGCUCAGCCAACUCUCAGUACUUUCCUGCCUCUAUCAGUCCCAUCUGGUCUAGGCAAUUAUAUGUCUCCAUCAAUCUCAUCCAGUCUGCAUGCAGGUGCCUCAGCACCGAUGUGGGCACCUCCUCCUCUGCCACCGACCUGGAGCAACUCGAACUCCUAUCAAGGCAAUUGGCCUUCAACAUUCCCAUUUCAUCUGCAUCCAAGUGCCAUGGUGCAAAUGCGCGCACCUCCGCCAACCCACAAUGAUCAUAACAGCAGUUUACCUCUACCACAUGUCAUAGUCCCAUCUCAGCAUUACCAUCCAGGUAAUUUGGCAAUACUAGCCCUUUCCAAUUUUCAGCACACUUUUCCUCCACCAAUCGUGUCUAUGGAUGGUGUAUCUUCAGUACCGCCAGCAGCACCGGCUGAUGUACAACCCCUCACGAUGCUGACGCCUCCCCCCAGGUCUGACAUUGGUGAAAUAUCUCUUAAAUGCAAGGUUGACUGGCAAUUUAUCAAGUGCUUGGGUCAGCGACAAAAAGGGUUCAGAGCCCCCCAGACAGCGCCUUCUGCAACGCACUCAGGUCCGCUCCCCAGUCACGGUGGCUCUGUGCAGCCACCUUUGCUAGUCUCUAAAACUCAUACCCAAAUUGAUCUGGCAUCUGAAGAAGGCACAACAUGA